AUGAAGACUGGAUUUCCCCCCCCUCGCCUGGUCCUUGUGGUCUCUGUUGCGCUCUUGUCACUUUUCGUGAGCACCGCAUCGGCCCGCACCGUACGAAAACGCAAGCUGGAUCGCGACUACGACCGAACUGACAACAGCCGCGACAGCGAGGACCGAUUCUUUCCCGUCACUCCUGCGGGUGCCAGUGUUCCCGUCACUCCUCCGGUCCCCGAGACGAUUGACGUAGUGGAACGAAUGAUUCGCAAGGGAGGUUUCCAGACUUUGAUCAAGUUGUUGUUUACGGCGGAUUUGGUGGACACGUUGAAGGGUCCCGGUCCGUUUACUGUCUUUGCACCCACCAACCGCGCCUUGCCUUCGGGCCAAGCCUUGGAAGACUUUGUCGUGUCGGAACCCUUGUCGGAAUUGCGCAAUGUGUUGGCCUAUCAUGUGGUUCCUGGAAUCAUCCGUUCGUCCGAUCUGGUGGACGGGGCUCGCUUGAUGACCGUGCAAGGUACGGAGAUUGUGGUGAGCAUUGACAGUACGGGUGCCCGUGUCAAUACAGCCAACAUUUUGAGUGGUGGCAUGCGAGACAUUCAAGCCGACAAUGGUAUCAUCCACGGCAUUGAUGGCCUGUUGAUGGUCUAUAAUUAA